AUGGAUCGACUAGACCAGCCCUUGUCCUCUUCCACUGCUGGCUCGCGCACUUCCGGCGCUUCAAGCCGCUACUCGCCUUACAAUCGCACGCCCAGAUACUCUGCAGCAGACAGUGAGGCAUCAUGGAAGCAUGACCGAUACCAACCAGACGCAGACGCAGCCUUGCGUCCUGAUGUGCGCAACGGUUCCUCGCGUGCACCCCUCUUCUUCCCGGCAGACAAAGCAGAGACGAACGACGUCAAACCAACCGGAAAGCUCAUCAUCGAAAACUUGCACUACGACGUGUCAGAGAGCGAUCUCAAGAAUCUGUUCGAGUCCAUCGGUCCCGUCACCAAAGCCUACAUCAGAUAUGACCGAAGUGACCGCUCCACCGGCGUCGCUGUAGUUGUCUAUGACAACCCGAAUCACGCCUUGCAGGCCAAAGCCCAAUUCGAUGGCGCAAAGGCCAAAGGCCAGGUCAUCAGCAUCACCCAGGAGAUGCGGGCCGAACGCCUCAAAGGCGCACACGCAUCGCAGCGCACGCUUCUCUCCCGCUUCAACCUGUCUUCGAGGAUCAAGGAUGGCGCCGAAGCCGGGUCACGAGUACAUGCAGCAGGUGCGAGCAGCAGCUUUGCCGAUCGUCUUGGUCCGGUGCAACGUGGUGGUCGUCAUGGUGAACAGCGUAACUCGACUCGAUCAUCACGCGCGCAGCUGGGUGCACGGUCUCAGAAUGGUGCUGCUAAGCGCGAAAAGCGCAAGCCGGUCACUGCAGCCGAUCUCGAUGCUGAGCUCGAGGCGUUUAUGAAAACUCCCUCCUCCAACAUCAAUUCUACAGCAGAGCCUCAGCCCACACCAACCAGCUCUAAUGCCCAAGAUGUCGACAUGUCGUGA